AUGGUGGUGGUGACCGUCACCCUGGGCGCCUCCCUGUCUGGCGCCACCCCCGUCCUCACUGUCACCCCGGCUGGGACCUGCAGCCCCAAGGUUGGACAGGACCUCGUUUAUGAGUGCACCGGCCUGGGGAGCGGCGACAGCACCAUCACCGCGACGGCGAGUGUCUCAGCGACCUGCAGCGGCACGGGGAGCACCAAGGUCACCUCGACGACCGUGGGCAGCUCGGUCGAUAUCACAGUCACCCUGGAGGGCCCCGUCAUCGGCGGCGCCGUCUUGCUCGCCCCCAUCCCCGCGACUGGCGUGACCUGCACCAUCAAGUCCGACACGCCGAGCGCAAAGGUCUACACAUGCUCUGGCAUGGGCCCCGGUGUGACCACCUUCAUCGCAACCGCGAAGAACAGCGGCAACGGCUGCGAGUGCGGCAGCUCAACCACUGUCUUGGUCACCGCUGUUUGCAAGGACUACACACUCACGGUGGCGCCCAGCGACCAGACCGUCUACGCCGAUACGACCACCAACCUCGGGAGCGCGACGAUCACGGUGACCCCCAGCGCGCAGCUCGCCGGCGUCACCCCGCAGUUCUCGUUCUCGCCGGCGUCGUCGGCGGCGUGCGCCGCGACGGGCAAGCCUAACGAGUACCUGUGCACCAAGCUGCCGAUCAGCGUCACCACCAUCAUCACUGUGACCGCCUCCAAGGACGGCUGCACGGGCACCGGCACGGCUACUGUCCUGGUUAAGCCCGACUGCCCCAAGUACACCAUCACGGCCGUCAGCACCGACAAAGACUCGACCGUCAUCGCCGACGGCACCACCAACCUCGGCACCGGCCACAUCAAGGUUACGCUCAGCCCCGCCCUGGUGGGCGCCACUGUCACCUUCUCCUACUCGAAGCCCGGGGUGGAGUGCAAGCUGGACGCGGGGUCCCAGACGGACUACACCUGCACCGGCCUGCCAAUUGGCGACACCACGAUCUCCAUCAAAGCCUGCAAGGAUGGCUGCACGGCGCACGCGUGCGUGACGAUUCACGUCGUCUACGACUGCCCCAAGUCACACACCAUCACGGUCAAAGCGGUCACGCCCGUGGUCAACUCGCCCACCGGAAGCUUCGAGGUCACCGUCAGCCAGGCCCUGGACGGCGCAACCCUCAACAUCACGUCUGUGCCCACGGGCGCGGUCUGCACGGCGGGGGCGAAGACCGGCCUCACCACGAUCUACACGUGCACCGGCCUUUCGCGUGAUGUGAACACAGUGACGUUCCAGGCUACUAAGGACGGCUGCGACGCUUCCGGCAGCGCUACCAUAACGGUCCAGCCAGACUGCUCGACCUACACUAUCGCGGUCAAUCCGCCAGAGGAGGCCGUCGUCCCUGGCGACGUCAAUAACAAGGGCACGAUCACUUUCGGCGUCACCCUCAGCGCGCCGCUGAUUGCCGCCAAGGCAAUCCCCACGGCGACCGUCGACAAGGCCGGCGCGACGUGCACGGUGACGCCCGUGGUGGCGCCGGCCGAUGGGAAGUUCACGGUGACCUGCAGCAACCUGGCCCGCGAUUUGAACAUAAUCACAAUCGAGGCAAAGGCCGACGGCUGCUGCGCCUCGGCGACCAAAAAGGUCAAGGUCAACCCCAACUGCGACCUCUACACCGUCACCGUGACCCCGAGCGAGCUGACCGUCACAGCGGACGCCACCACCGGCAAGGGCUCCGCCACUUUCACCGUGGCCCUCAGCCAGGCCAUCAUCAACGCCGGCGGGAAGCCCACGUUCAAGCCCGCCGGCAUCGUCUGCACCGACGCCGGGGGCGGCAAGUACACGUGCGGCAACCUGCCACUGGGGGACACAGAGAUUACCGUCUCGGUCACCACUCAGGGUGAGCUUGUGCGCUGCCGUUCGGGGGUCUGA